AUGGCUGCUGAUAUCGAGAUAUUCAAUCUCAUUGCACUUACUGCUCUGAAACUAGAUGAUCAGGAGUUGGCUGAAGUUGACUGCUUCUCGUGCUGGGGCAGUUUCGUAGCCAAAGACGGUAUCACAGUAAAGGAUAUAAUCGCACAAAGUUCCAAGUUUCAAGCGGCGUAUGCAAGACUGAAACCCCUUUGGCGUAGAUGUGAAAUUUCACUCAAGUCGAAAAGUGGUGGUGGUGGUGGUGGCGUAGUGGUUUAG